CUUCCUGGCUUCUGGCCUGUGGGGAAGCCCCCGGGGGCGGGUGACCCCAGCUGGCCACGACCCAGCCGUACCCCGUGUGUAUCUUGAUUAAGAUGGCAGCGGAGUCAGGGGAACUAAUCGGGGCUUGCGAGUUCAUGAAAGAUCGUUUAUAUUUUGCUACUCUAAGGAACAGACCAAAAAGCACAGUGAAUACCCACUAUUUCUCCAUCGAUGAGGAGCUGGUCUAUGAAAAUUUCUAUGCAGAUUUUGGACCUCUGAACUUGGCAAUGGUGUACAGAUACUGCUGUAAACUAAACAAGAAACUAAAACCAAAGAAAAUUUUCAAGAAUAUCCCUUUCCUGGGAAAGUUGGAGUCAUACAGUCUAUCAAGAAAGAAAAUAGUGCACUACACCUGUUUUGAUCAACGGAAAAGAGCAAAUGCAGCAUUUUUGAUAGGAGCUUAUGCUGUAAUCUAUUUAAAGAAGACACCAGAAGAAGCCUACAGAGCACUCCUCUCUGGGUCAAACCCCCCCUAUCUUCCAUUCAGGGAUGCUUCCUUUGGAAUUUGCACAUACAGUCUUACCAUCCUUGACUGUUUGCAGGGAAUCAGAAAGGCAUUACAGCAUGGAUUUUUUGACUUUGAGACAUUCGACGUGGAUGAAUAUGAGCAUUAUGAGCGAGUUGAAAACGGUGACUUCAACUGGAUUGUUCCAGGAAAGUUUUUAGCAUUUAGUGGACCACAUCCAAAAAGCAAAAUUGAAAAUGGUUAUCCUCUUCAUGCCCCCGAAGCCUACUUUCCUUACUUCAAAAAGCAUAAUGUAACUGCAAUCGUGAGGCUGAACAAGAAGAUUUACGAGGCAAAGCGCUUCACAGACGUGGGCUUCGAGCACUAUGACCUGUUCUUCAUCGACGGCAGCACUCCCAGUGACAACAUCGUGAGGAGGUUCCUGAGUAUCUGUGAGAACACGGACGGGGCCAUAGCGGUUCACUGCAAAGCUGGUCUUGGAAGAACAGGGACAUUGAUAGCCUGUUACGUCAUGAAACACUACAGGUUUACACAUGCUGAAAUAAUUGCUUGGAUCAGAAUCUGCCGGCCGGGCUCCAUUAUAGGACCCCAGCAGCACUUCCUGGAAGAAAAACAGGCAUCCUUGUGGGUCCAAGGAGACAUUUUCCGAUCCAAGCUAAAAAACAAACCAUCCAGUGAAGGAAGUAUCAACAAAAUUCUUUCUAGCUUGGAUGAUAUGUCUAUUGGUGGAAAAUUAUCUAAAAUACAAAAUUUGGAAAGAUUUGGAAAGAAUAAUUUAGAAGAGGAUGAAGAUGUGGAAAUGAAAAGUAAUAUAACCCAGGGAGACAAACUACGUGUCUUAAAAAGUCAGAGACAGCCACGUUCCUCACCAUCCUGUGCCUAUAGGUUGGAUGAUGUGAAAGGGCACCCAAGAGCAGUGUCCCAGCUUUUCAGAUUGAGUUCUUCCCCACAAGUAUCUGUAUCGACUCUGAAGACCUCAAAAACAGCGUUGUCCCCUUCAGCAACGGCCAAGAGGGUAAACAGAGGCUCUUUAUCUUCUGGUGCCCAUGUAAGAAGCUUUUCCAUUAACUCCCGGCUAGCCAGUUCCCUAGGGAACUUGAAUGCUGCAACAGACGAUCCAGAGAACAAAAAGGCCUCCUCGUCCUCUAAGGCAGGUUUCGGAGUCACCCCGCUCACCAGCCUCUUGAAUGGUGGCUCCCAGCUGCCUGCCAGAAACCAACCCGAGCUCAACAACAACCUGUACAGCAGAAGCACCAGCAGCACUGGGAGCCCCCUGGGCAGCCAGCCCAGCCCCCACGGCACCAAGACGGAGGAAACCCCCGCCGUCCUCCGGCCCUCCUACUCCAGCCUCUCCUCUUCCUCAGCAAGAUUUCUGAGCAGAUCGAUCCCUUCCCUUCAGUCUGAAUAUGUUCCUUACUAAGGCCCUGCCACUCCGGUGAAUGCUGUUCCACUCUUAGACACAAUUUCUUCACCUGGACGAGCAAUAUAGAGAAAGCAACUGCUUGUUGGAAGAAAAGCUCUGCCUUCCUACCUUACACUAAAGAGAGCACUAAAAUAAGACCUUCAAGAGACUGGAAACCAGAAAUCUCUGGUUAAUGACUACUAUAAAUGCACUGAAACCAUGUUCAUGGAGAUGUCAACACUUUUUAAGAUAGUUUUAAUGUUGAACUUGGUAUUUUGAAAGGUUAUUUUUAAUGUAUUUCAGUAAUACAUUUGUUAUUACAUUUACAUGUACAGUGUUACUUUAUGUAUAUAUAGUGAACUUUAAAAGACUAUUUUGAUAAAUUUAUAAAUACAUAAAAUCAUGUAAAAACUAGGCUAUAUUUUGGCUUAGAAUUUCUUGCUGUUUGCUACCAAAAAUUUGUAUUUUGAAUUUUCUUAGUAUUGUUUUAUCUACAAUGAAUAAAUAAUUCCUCUUUCUUAAGAAAAAAAGGGAGAAAGUUUUUAGAAAGUGAUUUUUAUGUUCCCACUAUCAACAUGAUAGAUCAUUUCAUUCUCUUGGGAAGUCAGUCUAAUGUAACAAGUUUAUCUCUAGCAAGAGUGUAAUUGUCUGAUAUAAUUUAUUUAGAGCAUUUCCUUUCCCUUUGUUUUUAUUGCUGAGCCAUUUAGUUUUGUGUCCUAGGGGGCUUUAAUAAAAUUUCACAUCCAGUUGAAGAUCAGAAUUCACUGUGUCAUUCUCUUGAAAGUGUGGUUUUUCACUGUGAAAAUGCCUCAACAUUCCAAAUGCUUUUAUUUCUUUCCUCCUUUCAAAAGAGUUCCUAACCCAAUUAGAAUAUUCUGCUUUUGGUCCGAGGCGGUUGUUGUUUGUAAUCACACAUGGUCUGGCACCAGCUUUAAGUCAAUGAAGAGAAAAAACAGAAAAAUGUUGCUAAAUAGUUCUCUGUGUUAAAGGAGAUAUGCUUAGAACAGAUUACAAGCUCCUAACACACAAGCGAGCAUAUCAGAAACCUAACAAGGAAAUGAAGGGACUCUUAAAGGUACUCACAGCCCUUUCAUGUAAGUGUAUUUUUAUGUUUAGGCCUCCAGAAGCCUGACGACUUCAUUUCUGUGGGCAGCUGGGGAGCCUUGAUUCUGAUUGUUUUUCAUGCUGCUCAAGAAUGGACUACUCAGAGACAGUUAAAAUGGAUUCACAUGAAGUGCUUUACUUUCAACCACUGGGUUAUUUAUAAUGUAUUUAUUAGGAGGGGGUACCUUGAAACUCUUAAAAAUGCUUCCGCAAAACAUCUUGUUCGUGUUUUACAUUUUCACAAAGGCAUUUGAAUGAAUGUUUGACUCAGGUUUGUUAACUUAAUCUUCCAUAACUGCAGUACCAAAUAAUUGCACUAAACUGAUAAAAAAAUGAAUUGUAUGUUUUGGGAAUCAAAAAUGAAAAUAAGUGGAAUUAAAUUGUAUACCUUUUCUAAAGCUGAGAUAGUGAAAUAUUUUAUUAUGAGUUAUUGUAAAAAAAAAGGUUGUAUAGGAAGAUGAUAGUAUUUUUUAAAAAUUAUCAGUAAAAAGUAAUUCAGAUGAUAUUUGAGAAGUGGGGGAAAGGGAACCAUAUGGAUAGUUUUAGUUCUGUGAACACUAAUUUGUGUGCAGCUAUUAAAAUGAUCGUAAAAUUGACUAUAAAUUUUCCAUAAUUGUGUGUGUGUAUAUAUUAGUCAUAUGUAUCUACAUGUGUAUGUCUUAAAAUUAUUUAUACACAUGUGCAUACAUAGACAAACCAAGAAGUAUAUGUAUAUAAGAUAGAAAUUAUAUAGCGAAGUAAUUCUACUCCAGUAAUAAAAAUUGUUUGACAUGUAUUUUGUUAUGAAUAGUUUACCUUCCAAAAGAUAUUUUGUUCUAUUUUAAAGUGUAGAAGAAUACACUGCUAAUAAAUAAUAA